AUGGCACAGCAGCAAUAGUUGAUGAGCAGCUAAUCACCUAUGGAUGAUGAUAUGAUUGGGGCUAUUAAGAUCAAAGAUGCUCUAUUUAUUGGAGACGAAUUCGCUGCACAGGACUUAGAGUUUGUAGUAGCCAAUAAGGUCACUCAUAUCGUGAACUGCGCUGGAAAGCAAGUUCCUAAUCACUGGGAGCCCAUAGGUGUCGCCUACAUGACAUUUUACUGGCUUGAUUAAGAAAAUCAGAUACUGUUUGAUCCUUCAGAUGAGACAACCAAUAAAAUUUAUGAUUUUAUUGAUGGAGCAUUAGGCAAUGCUGAGUCAGUUCUUGUGCAUUCAGUGCGAGGCCAAAGCAGAUCAUCUUGUGUAAUUGCAGCUUAUCUAAUGCGAAAGUACAAGUGGUCUCUGCUAAAGACCUUAGAAUUCCUGAACUCAAGAAGACCAGAUCUUGAGAUAAGAGCCACUUUUAUCCAUCAGCUCUCAGCUUAUGAGGCUCGUCUUCAUAAAACAGGUAACGGCCCUAAAACUCAAAAAUGGACUGAGAUUUCAGAAGAGAAUUGCUUCUUAGAGAGUGAAGAGUUGCUUCUAAGAAAUACUUUCUUAAACGCUUAGAUGGGACCUAUUGCAUAGUUUAAUCCUGCUUUAUUGAACGAUUAAAUGAAUCCAAAUUAAAAAUUAAAAUGGAUAGAUGAGCAUACUAAUGGCUAGGAACUUUUAGGUUAAGAGGGAGAUCCAGAGAUGGAUUUGUGUUUGAAAACUCACAUUGAGGAGAUAACUAUUCAUAGAAGAAUUCAUCCUAAAAGUGUAAAGACUGCAAUCAAGGUUCCAGUCUGUUAAAAUUAAGUCAUGAAAAAUUUUCCAUCGAUGUAUUAUACUGCAGAAUAACAUUAGCAAUUAUAAUAAUAGCAGCAAUAGUAAAACAAGGCAAAUCACAAUUAAUAAAAUUCACAAGAGAAACCAAAGUAAAAUAGCAAUCAAAAUUCAUUGUAAAACUCAGGUCAUAUAGUAUUGAAUCAGAAUCAAGUUAAAAUGAAUCCAUUGAGCAAUGUAUAGCAGAGUAACCAAUAGCCUCAGUAAUUCUAAGAUUUAAAGCAAGGAAGUUUUGAUAAAAGACAAAUUAAGGUCGUGCAGCCAGGUUAAAUUUCAAAUUAGUAGUAGUAAUAAUAACAGCCAACAUCAUAGCCAUAGUUGUAAUAGAUUAGAUAGCCUUAAAUGUUUUACCCAAAGGUAGAUGACAGUGUACACAGUGAAGACCUAUCAGAGCUAAAUAAUGAAGUUAUACAAUAAAACAAUAGAUAAUCAGUCUAAAAGAAAUCUAUCAACACGAUUGGAAAUGUUGUUGUGCCAUAAAUGAACCCUGCCACUAAUAUCAGUUAGCUUGAUAAUAAGUACCCAGUCCUUAAUCAGCAUAAUCAAUAGCAGUAAUAAUAGUAAUAGAAUAGUAUUCCUCAAUAGUAGUAGUAAUAAGUCUAAAAUUAAUAAUAGAAUUAAUCCUAAGGCAGAGUUUAAAAUUAUCAACCAAUAUCGAAUCAAAUAAAUGCACCUUAGGUUAAUCCUAUGAUAAACUCUGAUACAAUGAAGAACUAAAACCCUCAAUUUUCCGGUAAUCAAUAGAUGCCAGUAAACAAUGAAUUGAUGAGGAAAAAUUUAGAUGAGUAGAGAAGAAUACAUUAGAUUGCAACAUAAAUGGGUGCCUAGUAAUAGGUGAUAUAAACGACAUCACAAAUGCAAUAAGUUCAACCUAAUGUGACUAACAUUAUAAAUAACAACAAUAUUAAUAACUUUUUCAUUCAAAACCCUCCCAUUGAUAUCUUGAAUAACAAUGCUGAUAGAAAGUAAUAACCCUAAUUGUAAAACCAAGGAAUACCAUAGAAGAUUUAAAUUUAGAAUAGAUCAGAUAAUCCUUAAAAGAUAUAAAUUGUGCAUUAAAGCUAAGUAUAAUAAACAUUUAAUCCUCAACAAGUUUCAUUAAAUCAAAGACUUCAGCAGUCAACUGCUACAGCAUCAAAAUAAAGAAGUGGGUCUGCAAGACCCAUUCAAAAUAUUAACGGAGAUGCUGAGCCAUUAGCCUCUAAUAACAACUAAAUCAUAAAUACAGACAAUUCUGAGAGCAAUGUUAUGAAUCCUUAAAAAUUAUAAAAUAUAAACGAAAUAUCUAAAAAUGGAAGUGCUAAUGCUAAGCCAUAAUAAAUCGUUAAGAAAAAAAGAGGUGAAUCUCCAUAGAUUCAAACUAUGGUGAAUAAGUAUGGAGGUACUAAUGCAGCUAGUGGGACUUCAAACAUGUAUCAAUAACUUUAAAACUAGAUUAAGACAUCAUAGAAUAGAAUAAUUACAACUUAAGGUUAGUAACAGCCGUUGAUUUAAUCUGCAUAACCAAAAAUCAACGGAUUUGGAAGUGCAAGAGCAGGAGCAACAUAGUUAAAUAAUUAAAGCAAAGGAACUACUAACGGAAGUUAGGGAAUAAAGUUGAAUUCAUUCAGAGGUGGACCAGUGAAGGCGACUUAAAACGCCAUUGAUUCAAAAGGACCGAUAUAAUUGAAUAAAUCUGGAGGACAGCCAAUUAGUAGCUAAAUCUAAGGAUAACCUCAACAUUAGUAAAGACCGAAUAGUUCAAAGCCAGUUUUGAAAAAUAGUUUCAAUAAUGAUAACUCAAAUAAUAUGACAGCUAACAUUAAUGAAAGCAACAUUGCUUUAGGUCAGGUUAUUCAAGAGUCAUAAUAGAAAAGGCCUUAAAGCACGGGAAAUAGACCUUCCUCCCCAGGCACCGGCAAGAUAAUAAAAACUAACAAUCAGGACAGUUCUCAAAGAUCAUAAUCAAAAGGAAAACCCAGACUAAGAAGUGCAAGUCCGGGUCAGAAUAACAACUCAGUAGGAUAAAAUUCUAAUCCAACCUAGUAACCAUCAAAUUUGGGUUAGCCAGUCAAUGUCAUUAAUAAAAAUGGUUAAUCUCUCAAGACAGCAAUGGCUAAGUCUGGACUUGGAUAAAGAAUAGCAUAAGUAACAGGAGUUGGACCUGUAACUGGAAGCACAAAGCAUGUGCCAUAACUAUAUAUGCGCGGUUAUUCUCCCUCAAAGCCAAAAUGGAAAAAAUGA